AUGGAUCUGAAAGCUGGCAAACAUCUAGUAGCACCAGCGAUAAAUAAUAUCAGUUGCUCCCAUAAUCGGUUCGCCGGUCACUUCUUCGCCCAGAUCGGCCCGUUCGAUGUCAUACAGGCGCUGUUCAUCGUGCUGCUAACGUUCCUGGUCAUCGGUGCGAACCUGAUGGUGAUACUCGUGAUCAAUAGCCGCCGCUAUGCUGCGUACAUCCAUCCGCAGCCCCGCUACCUGCUGACGUCGCUGGCCCUCAACGAUCUGGCCAUCGGGCUGCUGAUCAUACCGUUCAGUGCCCUCCCCGCCUUACUACACUGCUGGCCUUACGGAGAAAUCUUUUGCCAAAUACAGGCGUUACUACGUGGAGCUUUAUCACAACAAAGUGCUGUUAUACUCGUGUGCAUGGCGGUCGACCGAUACCUGUGCGUGCUGCAUCCCCGGAUAUACCACAAGCGGUCCAGCAAAAAGGGCUGUGUUGCGGUUUUGAGCGUCACGUGGAUACUGUGUCUGACCUGCUUCGGGUUGCUGGUUCUACCGAAAGGUUAUUACUUCAACAAAACGGGCCUGCUGGCGUGCGAGCCGUUCUACAGCAAAUCGUCCUACCGGAUCCUGUCCAGCUGUGCGCUCUACUUCCCCACCACGAUGGUGCUGAUGUACUGCUACGGAUCAAGUUUCCACGCGAAUCGAUACCGGCUGGCGGCACCGAGUACCGGCUCCGGCGGUGGACGGACAACGGCAGCGAUCGGUGACGCCACCGCCAACGGUGGGGCCACCGGUAGCGGUGGUGCCAGCCUUCCUGGCCGGAGCAAGCGGGACACUAUCGAGACGCUAACGGGCAACACCAGUUCCGUGCUGGAGCACCACGCCUGCGACGGGAACACACUGACGGAAGUCACCGCCAUUACGCCGAUGUCGGUCUCCUUCUCCGAAAAGCUGGGCGAAGAGGACGACAGCAUGGUACACGGUUCGACGUCGCGGACGAUGGCGGCCAUAUCAUUAGGUUUUAUAGUUAUAAUCACCCCCUGGACGAUACAGGAGAUCGUGGCCACAUGCACCGGCUCGAAGAUACCACCAUCGAUCGAUUUCUGCGUCACGUGGAUAGCUUUAAGCAGUAGUUUUUGGAACCCUUUUCUGUACUGGCUGUUGAAUGCGAGAUUUCGGCGCAUCUGCAAAGAUCUGCUCACGUCCAAGUGCACGACGGGCAGCCGAAGUUCGCUGGAGGAAAAGUGUAGCAUAAGCUUAGAGUACGAUCACCAGCUAACGUCACUGCCACUGCCGCCGGGGCCACCGCCGGCAACGAUCUGCCGGUCGGCCCUGCACACGCCCCGCCCGGACAUCGAGUGCCCGGAGAAGUACUGGGGCGACAUCCUGGAGCGCACGUUCAGCACCGGCAGCGUCAACACGCUGCACCAGCGGAUGGACAACGUGGCGCCGUUACACUUCAGCAACCGUCAGCCGAGCAACUGCGGCCUGGCGCAUCCGCAGCCCCAGCUGCACUACCGCUGCGAGCAGCACCACCAGCUGAUGCGCAACCCGAGCAGUACCAGCAUCCCGGAGCAGGACCGCAGCAACGGGUCCGGCUGCUACAAGGACCUGGACGCGGAGCUGGGCGGCCACUUCCUUGGUGCCGGCUCACAGACACUGGUGUGCGAGCGCGAACUGCACGACAUCAACUGUGCCAAAAACAAAGCGUUCUUCCGGGGCUUCAACCUGCACCAGGGACUGCCCGAUAUCUAGUAUUACCGACAGGGUCCGAAAGGAAGCGUGUUCAAGGACGCCACCAAUGGUCAGCACAGUACAGGUCGCUCCAACUACUUCCAGGGAACAAUUGGGUGGAACUGGCCCGUUUUGUUUUGUUUUGUUUUGACCAUUCCGUGGGAUCUAUCGGUACACCUAUUGGUAAACCUGGCACUAAGCGUUCGUUUGAUUCGUACUGGUUUUCUUUCAUCCGCGUUUUAAGGCGAACCAUUACUAGGGAGGUAGAAGCGGCCAAAACUAGGUUUUAUAAUAGGUAGACGUAAGCCGAUUGGUGCAACAAGGGCCGAUUAGACGUUGCUCAGCUCAACAGAGAGUCCCGCGUCACGGCGAAAGGAACGUACCAUUCAAACCCGGAACUGCGCAUUCCGACAAACAUGGCAAUUUAGAGUGUAACAGCAUCAAUUCCCCGUUAGCUAUCUGUAAAAU